AUGUCUUCCCCAACCACCACUCCCCCCUCCCCUCCCCCAAAAGUCCACAUUAAAAUCACCCUCACGCCCCCAACCCACUCCUUCACCACCUGCUCCCUAACCCCCCUCCUAACCUUCACCAUAACCUCCACCGCCCCUCACCCCAUCACCCUCUUCACCUUCAACCACCCCUUAUCCCUCCCCUCCGCCCUCACCAACCGCACAAUCACAAUCCACGCCCUCCCCUCCCGCCAAAAAGUCGAAACCUGCUCCCUCCGCGUCAACCGCCCCGCGAUCACGCGCAUCAGGGGCGAUGCAGACGAGGCAUUCUACCUGACUCUGUACCCCGACACACCGGUUGAGUUGUCAACCCCUUUUGGGAGAGGUGGUGGUGUGAAUAAGGUGCGGCCUGUACCCAAGGCUGUGGCGGAGAAAGGGUGGGAGGUGGAUGAUGAGGGGAGGGAGAGGAAGGUGAGGAGGUCGGUGCAGCCUACGGGGGUGGAUGGGUUGGAGCCGGGGGUAGAGUAUGAGGUUGGGUUAGAUAGGGAGAGUUUGGAGGGGAUGUGGUGGGCUGGCGUGGAAAAGGGGGAGGUUUUGGUUGAGGAGAGGACGGGGAAGGGGAGGUAUAUGCAGGAUUAUGGUGGGGGGGAUGGGGUUGAGUGGGUUGUUGAGGUGGGGGUGGUCAAGGUUGAGGAGUAG